GUAUUUUCAACAUUAUUGUUUUCUCUUUUACAUUAAAAACAAUUUCAUAAAAAGUACAUUAUAACAUUAUUUAGGUUGAUAAAUCUUUGUAAAGGUAAUAUUUUGUUUUUUCUAUAUAAUAAUUUAUUACAAAACUUCAUAUUAAUAAAUAAUUUUAAAUUAUUCAUUUUUUUAACUUUACUAAUAUAAAUAUGAUAGUUGUUUAAAAUUAUUUUUUUAUUGAUAUUAUUCUGAAAAAAUUUAUUUAUUUUUUCUGUUUUACCAUUAUGUAGUGUGCUGUUAUGUCUGAAUGGUGUCGUGUAAAGUGGCUUGAAGAAGAAAAAGUUUGACACUGUUCCUUUAAGUUGGAUUAAUGGUUAAGUUUUGAGAUGGCCAUAAAAAGGAGCUGAAAAAAAGUUAAGGGACCAGGUUAAACCUCAUGAUGAUUGGUUUAAAUUUCAAGUUCUCAAAAUUAAAUUAACUGAUAAAGAUUUUAUGACUUGCCAUUCAUAUAACAUUACAACUGAUACUGACUCUUGUGAUUUUGAUUUUAAAAAAGAUCUCAAGUUGCAAAAAAAAUACACUUCCUCCAAAGCCUGAAAUCAAGUUAGGUUUUAGAAAUAAAAAAGCAUUUACCCCAGAAUUAGAAAAAGAACCUAAAUCUUUCACAAGAAGCUAGUCAGAAUAAAGUAAAUAUUGAUUUGAAUCAACCUACUCAGUCAGUAUUUAGUUUUCGAAGUUCAUCAAAAUCCCAUAAUUCAAGGAAAUCGCGCUUUCGAUCUUCCAGUAGUUCUUGUUCACUAUCUCCUCAAAGUAAAAGUAAAAGAAGACCAGAUUAUUGUUCUCUUUUACAAUCAGAGAAAAUUGAAACACAGAGUGAACUCUCUUGUGGAUUACCAAAAAGUAAAGAACAUUCUACUCUGGCUAUUAACAAAAAUAACUUUCCAAUGAGUGAUCAAAAAUUCCAGUAUGAAGUCAUGUUUACAAUGUCAACCCAAAAGUACAUUGUCACAUAAUUUAAGUGCGGAAAUUCCAACUCAAUUCUUGACAGUAGAAGAUUUGAAUGAAUUUGAACUUAAAAUGCAUGAUAAUAGUUUUGCACAAGAAUUUGUUAAACAACUCUCACGUGUUGGUGGAAAAUCAUCUAAAUAUAUGGUUAAGGACCUAAUUCAAAGAAGCAGUAUUAAAUGUUUUUCCGGAUGCUACCAGCUCAGAAGUAGGAAUAGGAGUGAUGAACCAUUUAAAAUAUGCCGGAAAACACUUCGGACAAGCGCCAGAAAUGAUGUCAUGUCUAUCAGUUCAAAUUUUGCAGAAGAAGCCAUAUUAUAGAUAAGAAAUACAAAGAUAUACAAUGACAUCAAGGUCUACAAUAUGGAGAAAGACUAAUUCUUUGAUUGCCAGUAUAUUAGAAAAUAAUAAUUAUCAAAGUUCAACUGGUGAGUUUUUUUCUAGUCUAAUUCAUAAUAGUGUUGAUACUUUCGAAAGUGAUUCUACAUUACCAAUAACUGAACUCUCUUCAACAAGUGAUGAUUUUAGUAACUCUUUUGAGUCUUUUCAUUCUAAACAUUGUCCUGAUUUAACACAUGAUCUUGCUCAGUGGGCGGUUAAGCAUGCAGUUACACAUUUUUCAUUAAAUGAUUUGCUUAUUUUGUUGCAAAAACACGGACACGAGGACUUACCAAAAAAUUCUAAAACUUUACUUAAAACGCCUAAUUGUGUGCUUACUGAAAAUAUGUGCUCUGGUGACUAUAUCUAUCUAGGUUUAGCUACUGGUAUUAAAAAUAUGCUCCAAGUUGAUGAAGCAAGUAUCAAUAACAACAUAAAUUUAAUAGUAAAUUUAGAUGGUCUGCCGCUUUUUAAAUCUAGCAAUACUCAGCUUUGGCCUUUACUUUGUCAAUUUGGUUCUAAACCUUCGUUUCCUGUUGCUUUUUUCUCUGGCAAACAAAAACCUAACUCUUCUAUGGAGUUUCUCAGGCAGUUUUUGGAGGAAUUCAAAAUGCUUUCAGAAAAUGGUCUUGUUUACAAAGAUAAUUUUUUUAAUGUCAGUUUAAAGUUUUGGACAUGUAAUGCUCCGGCACGUGCUUUUAUUAAAUGUAUAAAGCCACACAAUGCUUACCAUGGCUGUAAACGAUGUAUUGACAAGGGUGAAUGGCAAGGAAGAGUUGUUUUUAAUCAGGUUAAUUCUGUUCUUCAUUCAGACAAACAAUUCUAAAAUGUAUUAUAAAGAUCAUCAAGUAUCUAGAAGUCCUUUGAUUGAUUUUAAUUUACCUUGUGUUUCUACCUUUGUUUUAGACUAUAUGCAUUUAGUUUGUCUUGGGGUUGUUUCGACGACUCAUAAUAUUUUGGACAGAGGGACCAAAUUAACCGCAUAACUGAAAAAUUAAAUGACUUAUCUGGUAAAAUGCCAUCUGAUUUUGUCAGACAGCCUAGAUCACUACGAGAGUGUAAAAGAUGGAAAGCUACAGAGUUUCGUUGAUUUCUAUGUAUACUGGUCCCUAUGUAUUGAAAAAUGUAUUAAAACAUGAUCUUUAUAUACAUUUUCUUUGUCUUAGUAUUGCUAUUCGUGUGUUAAAUGACAAUAAUUCUAGUUCUAAUGCCAUUGGCUAUGCAUCAAUGCUGUUAAAUUGGUUUGUAUCUAAGUCUGUGGAUUAUUAUGGUUCAAAAUUUACUACAUAUAAGGUUCAUAACCUGAUUCAUUUGUCUGAAGAUGUUAUAAAAUUUCAAAUGACCCUACUUGAUAUGUCUGUCUUUUCGUUUGAAAAUUAUUUGCAGCGUCUGAAAAGAUUGGUUCGUGGUAAGAACAUGCCACUUGCUCAAAUUGUCAAGCGUUUAGAAGAAAUAGAUUGUUUAGAUAAUAAAUUUUUGAGAAACACAAAUCAAAAGUAGUCCCUGGUAGUAAAGAUAGCUGGUUUUAUUUGAAAAGUGGUCAUUUGGCACAGGUUAUUGAAAUCAAUUUCGAUUCUUUACUUUGUGAAAUAAUUUCAUGUCGGCUUUUUAAUGACUUCUUUGUUGUACCAUGCAGUUCAAGAUAUAACAAAAUAUUAUCUGUGCCAAAAAAUGCUUCUGUAAAAAGAAAAACUGUUCAAAAAACUGAACUCAAACGCAAAGUUAUUAGUUUUAAAGGUAGAAUAAGAAAUGUUGUUUUCCCAUUAUGUCAUGAUUGUGUGUUUUUUUUGAAUAAUUUUUGUUUGUUUUAUCUAUUUAAAAUUUUUUUUAUUGUCAGUUGUAUUAGUUUUUGAAUGCAGUUUAUUGAGAAUCAUAUAUGGUAAAUAUAUUCCCUACUAUUUCAACAUUUAUGUUAAAUAUAUAUUUAAUAAUGAAAUUUUGUUAAAUUUUAUUUAAUUUUAGAUAUUUUUCAAUCGAAAAUUAAUUUUCAUCCUAACAUUUCAUUUAAAUCCUAAUUGAAACAUUCAAAUUUUGCAAAUUUGAAUGUUUCAAUUAGGAUGUUAGAAGGUGUUUUAUAAAAGUUUGUUAUUUAAAAAAAAAUUUAUUUUGAUAGUUAUAAAAGAAAUUAAGUUAUUUUUUUCUAUUUUAAAGGAUUUUGCUCAAAGAUUUUCUGUCAAUAAUUUUU